AUGACCAAGUGGGAUAUCUAUGUAUUAAUUAUCUAUGUAGGAACGCACGAAAAAGAACCUGCAGUAGCCUACUAUCUUCCGCACCACCCAGUCUUCAAAGAUUCCAGCACGACCACCAAAGUUCGAGUAGUUUUCGACGCUUCGGCAAAGACUUCGACAGGCUAUUCUCUAAACGAAGCACUUUCCGUGGGCCCGGUGGUACAGGAUGAUCUGCUGGACAUCAUGAUUCGCUUCCGAACCUUCAAGGUGGCCGUGGUAGGCGACAUUGCCAAAAUGUACAGGCAAGUUUUGCUGCAUCCGGACGACAGGUCGCUCGUUCGCAUCUUUUUUCGAUUCACUCCAAGUUCUCCAGUACAGGUUUACGAACUGCUCACUGUUACGUACGGCUUGGCGCCUUCUUCCUACCUUGCAACACGCACAUUGAAACAGCUGGCGGAUGACGAAGGCGAGGCGUACCCUCUCGGCGGUCCUGCGGUGCGCAAGAGCUUCUACGUCGACGACUUCAUUGGAGGAGCACAAUCUGUUCAAGAGGCUAUUCGACUGCGAACGGAAAUGUGCGAGCUGCUGGCCAAGGGAGGCUUCGAGCUGAGAAAAUGGACGUCCAACGAUCUCGAUGUUCUGCGUGGCCUGAAGGACGACCAAAUUGGUACUCAGUCGUCCCUCGAAUUCAGCCCUAACGAAACCGUGAAAGCAUUAGGAAUCUGUUGGGAACCGGAAGCGGACACCUUGCGCUUCGACUCCAGUAUCGGCGAGAACAGCAAACCACCCACCAAACGUUCAAUUUUAUCGGCUAUAUCACGUUUGUUCGAUCCACUUGGUCUAAUUGCGCCAGUCGUCGUGAAAUCCAAGAUUUUGAUGCAGGAGCUCUGGCUGUUAUCUUGCGGAUGGGAUGAGCCCGUUCCGGAACAGGUCCAGCACAAGUGGGAGAACAUUUGUAGCGAACUUCCGCAAAUUUCCUCGUACCGUGUCGACCGCUACGCACUCUUGCCAAACUCAAUCGUCCAACUACACACUUUUUCCGACGCCUCAGAAUCUGCCUACGGUGCAUGCAUCUACGCCCGCUGCGAGAACGCGCAAGGUCAGACUCGUAUUUGCCUGCUGGCAUCCAAGUCGCGUGUGGCACCCCUAAAACGAGUUAGUCUUCCACGCUUGGAACUCUGCGCCGCUGUUUUAGGUGCCCAUCUUUACGAUCGGAUCAAGAAAGCUAUCGGCAUCGACAUUUCCACCUCGUUUUUCUGGUCCGACUCUGCCAUUACGCUGCAGUGGAUCCGUUCGCCUCCGAACACUUGGAAGACAUACGUCGGUAAUCGGGUCUCAGAGAUCCAACACUUCACCCAUGGCUGUAUCUGGAAUCACGUCGCUGGCUACGAAAAUCCUGCCGAUCUGGUGUCACGCGGAAUGACAGUAGCGGAAUUCGUCGGAAGCAAUCUCUGGCGCAGCUGA